AUACUUUGAAGUAUUUAAUGAAGUUUAGUAAGAACGUCUUAUUAUAAUGGAUCAAACAAUAUGGAUAACCAUCAGCGAGGAGGAAAGUCAACAGAUGAUGGCAAUGUGGCCAGACAUUGUUCGUGAUAUCACGGAAGAGAUAGAAAAUUCUAACUUUUCGGAUAUUGCUAAAUGGAUGGAAAAAGUAUUACAGUAUACUGUUCCAGGAGGAAAAAAAAUUCGCGCUUUAACAUUAGUCUAUGCCUACAAGAUACUAGCACCAAGUAAUCAAUUUACAGAAGAAAAUAUUCAUUUAGCACGGAUCUUAGCAUGGUGUAUAGAACUGAUGCAUGCCUUUUUGCUCGUGAUAGAUGAUAUACAGGACCGAUCUUUGCUUCGUCGAGGUCAACCAUGUUGGUAUCGCUACAAUGAUCUCGGUUUAGUAGCAAUCAAUGAUAGUUUAUUGUUAGAGUGUGCUAUAUUUUAUCUAAUUAAAAAAUAUUUCAAAGGAAAAGAUUGUUAUGUUAAUCUACUAGAAACAUUUCACGAUAGUAUAUUGAAAACAAUAAUGGGUCAAAGUUUAGAUAUGCUCUCUACUAAUUUCGGCAAGAAACCUGAUCUGGAUAUGUUCACGAUGAAUCGAUAUAAUUCCAUUGUCGAGUACAAAACAUCGCACUAUACUUUUGUUUUGCCAAUAACCGUAGCAAUGCAGUUAGCUGGAAUAAAAGAUCCAGAGAUGUUCAGGCAAGCAAAAACCAUUUUGUUAGAAAUGGGGCAUUUGUUUCAAGUCCAAGAUGAUUAUUUAGGUUGCUAUAGCGAUGUUCAUGGCAAGGAUUAUACUGAUAUACAAGAGGGAAAAUGUACAUGGUUGAUUGUUGUAGCUCUUCAACGUGCCACUCCGGAGCAGCGUAAAAUUUUAGAAGAAUGUUACGGCUUUCCCGAUCCGGAGAAAGUAAGACGCGUGAAACAACUUUUCACUGAUCUUGAUUUACCUAACACUUAUUCUAUAUAUGAAGAAGAAACAUACAAUCUACUAAAUGUACAUAUACAGCAAAUAUCACGCGGGCUUCCACAUAAUCUUUUCUUGAAUUUAUUAAGGAAGAUUUAUCACAGAGUGUCAUAA